AUGUCGAAACCUUACUGUUACGUUCUACGGAAAGUGUGUGUAACCAGCUCAAUAGUGAUGGGCGAUACAGUAUCGAUAUUACAAAUAUCGAUACUUCAAUACUCAAAUAUCGCUAGUCAAAUAUCGGUCGCACGAAAAAGGCCGCGGUGGCCGCUCUCAGGUUCCUCUCUGAUUGAACUCUCUCUCUCUCUCUCUCUCUCUCUUUUGUGCUUUACACGUGGAAGAAUAUUCACGUACUGGUUCAGCGCUGAUCAGUUUUGUUCCAUACAAAUUGGUUAUCUCGGCCAGUACAAAGAAUUGAUCAUGGCAACAACCAAGGUCGACAAUCCUGAGAAACCAGGACAAGAAGUCACUCCCAUUCACCGAAUUAGAAUCACACUCACGUCGCGCAACGUUCGUUCUCUUGAAAAAGUAUGCGCAGAAUUGAUCAAUGGGGCUAAAAAGCAGAAACUGAAGGUUAAGGGACCUGUUCGCAUGCCCACAAAGAUCUUGAGAAUAACAACUCGCAAAACACCCUGUGGUGAGGGUUCGAAAACCUGGGAUCGCUUCCAGAUGCGAAUUCACAAAAGAGUAAUUGAUUUGUAUUCGCCAUCGGAGAUCGUGAAGCAAAUCACGAGCAUUUCUAUCGAACCUGGAGUAGAAGUGGAAGUAACGAUUGCUAAUGAAUAAAUAUGUAAUUGAAAUUACAAGGUUUUAAUAAAAAAAUUAAAAAAAA